CUGGUUCCCUCUACCGUCCGCCUCGCGACAAGACAUCCAGCCAGCAAAUUACGCAUGCGCUGUCGUCGGCGCUUUAAAUAAGUCUUGAGGAGGGAACAAGAAGGCACUUGCAGGGCCAGAAGCAUUGUUACCGCUGGACACUGCUGUUAAUACAUGCAGAAUGAAAACCCAUUGUGUUCGCCAUGACUUUGAGAUCGACGCUGUAUCCUAACACGGGAUUCAAGCUGAACGCUGACACAAUCGACUUUGAGAAAAAGAUUGGUAUCUCUACCGCGAGUCCCGUUAGCCUCAAGAGAGAGACCUGUGACGUGGUACUCAAUGUUCAGGGGGUUGACAUCCCCACUAAGUCCACGGGCUUAGACCAGAAUUACACAACGAGCGAAGUUACCAGCGCUGCCACAGUCGCAGAAGUACUUCAAGAGGACAAGACAACCGCGGGGAUACUGUCCCCAGUCAGACAAAUGGGGGGUGAGGGAACCCCAGUGAAAAGCAAACCUCUCCCCAUUGACAAUAUGGAUAACCCACAGAUGGCAAUAAACAAUAACCCCAAGGAAGUGGGUGGUGAUGAGAGCGCAAAGGGGGUCGGCCCCGGGGUCCUGGGCACCGCGUCUAUCGAGCUCAGUACGGAGGGCAAGUGGCGGAACAUCCGGAAGUCCCCGCCCAAUCCCCAAUCUCAAGCCAACUGCUUACGGCAGAUUCUCCUCCUCCAACUGGACCUCAUCGAGCAACAGCAGCAACAGCUUCAAUCGAAAGACAAGGAGAUCGAUGAGCUCAAGGCCGAAAAAGAGACGCUGCUGGCACGGAUCGAGCGCAUGGAGCGCCGCCUGCAGCUCACCAAGAAGGACCCCCGCGACAAGCGUCUGUUCCAGCCGCUGGAGCCCUGGACCCCCGAUAAGGACGACAUGUGGGACCUGGAUGUGGAGGAGAGCCCGCAUUCGGAGCAGGCCACGCCUCUUGCAUUCAGCCGAGGCGGCAAGGGCCAGAAGAGGAAAAUCUGCUUCGGGGAUCCAAAGCUCCAGAAGCAGCGGGGCAAGUGCCCCAAGUCCAGCCCCCAGAAGCUGGAGAUGCGGCCCGGCUCCCCCUACCACCGCGAGCUGCGCAGCAAGGAGACUCCUGAGAAGGCGGGGUCCAUGAGGCUAGGCCAGGAGAGAGACUCGCUGCUUCCCUGCAAAGAGGAACCCGAGAUCUGCUCGCUGAUGGAGGAGCUGCCCUUCAUGUGCACCACGGAGAUGUACCUGUGCUGCUGGCACCAGCCACCCCUGUCCCCGCUGAGAGAGACGUCCCCGAAGAAGGAGGAAGAAGUAGCCAUUCCUUCCUGGAGGGAGAACUGCAUGGAGCCCCUGGACUCAGACGAUCCUAGUAGCAUCCCAGAGGCGCUGGAUGACAAUGUAUACCUGAAGCGCCACCUGAAGCUAGAGUUGGAUGAGAAAAGGAGGAAACGGUGGGAUAUACAGCGGAUUCGGGAGCAGCGCAUGUUUCAGCGUUUGCAGCAGCGCAUGAACAAGAAGAAGGUCAGAGAGCCGGAGGGGGAACCUGAGCUCUCCUCCUUCUACCCCGACUCCGAGGACGUCGAGUCAAUAGUCAUCACCCCCUUCCUCCCGGUGGUGGUGUUUGGGCGACCACUACCAAAACUCACACAACAGAUCUUUGAGUUGCCGUGGCUCGACGACCGAAGCCGCUGCCGCAUCGAGGUUCCCAAAAAACACACCCCCCAUCGGACCUGUCGGAAGUGAUACCGCAGCCACGAAGGAACAUUGUUACUCCAUUCCCAGCUCUUACUUGUUCUCCUCUGGGCAGAACAGGCCUGUUUCUGUAUCUGGCUAUCACAACAAUUCUCACUCUGUGAAAGAGGAUCCUACUUAUCCGAACAUCACAGACCAGCUGAUCUUCAGCCAAAUGCUGGAACGCAAUGCAGAUCUGGAAGUGGCUGCACCACUUGUUAACCAUGCUCAAUUCUGUCCUAACUUAUGUGUCUGAAAAGGAGACUAAAUGGAUGUUGUCCCACUAUAUUUCUCUUUGUUAACGGUAAAGUUAAAGCAUCCUUCAGCUGCGGUUUAUUUCUACAAAUGGAAAAACAAAAGCAUAUGCAUGUCUUGUGAGACAUUUGAAAUACAUUUUGUGAAAUCUGAGCCAUCCUUAAUUGAUUUGUAUGACAUGACUGUGUAAAUUGUAUUGCUUGAAAAAAGAAUUAUAUCCUAGUCAAGUAGGCAAAAACUAAAGAAUUUAUAGAAAUAUCCUGGCGGCCUUCAGAGGGUGUUUUAUUUUACAUUUCGAUUUUUUAACAUUGCUGCAGCCAUUGUUUGCUUCUGUAUACCACACUUACCAACUCUAUUGACUGCCUCAUUGAAAAACUAAAUUGGACUGUAACGUUCUGUAUGUACAGUGAGGAUAGUAUUUGUUGUGCUCGCACAACACAAAACAAAACAUUAAUGAGCAUAUACUGUAAUGUCGAACGAAUUGUGGUCCGCGCUUUGCAUGUCCAGAAAUUAAAAUAAAUUAUAUUACAAGGUUAAGACACGGAAUAUAACAAACAAAGCAUGAAAGGAACUGGCGACAGUUGACUUGCUGGCUGGUCCAACCUCGCCAUACGAGACGGGUGGCAAAUUUGACCCAUCACCCUAUGGGUCUCUGGUUCUUAUUUUAUGUAAUUUGCUUGGUUUCCUGUGAAAUUGCAUGGGCUCCUUUAGAGCUGACCAGUUCCUGAUUGAUAACAUGACAUAUCUUUGAAUGGAGUGUAAACUCUGUUCACUGGAAGAAAAUAAAAUGUGUUUUAGGGUUUUGAGCGCAUGUGUUCUGGGCGCUGGAAGUUUUUUUCCUGAUAUUUUCGUUUAAGCCAAUGCUUUUGUGGAGUAAUUAUGCUACGUAUGUAUGCAUUAAUCUCUGAAGUAUGCAAUUAUCCAAAAUUCAAGUGUACCAGUUUAGAAAAAAAGUUAGUCAUUCUUUAGCUGUAGACGUAGGCUUGUUCCCCAGUUUGCUCGAAGAGGCUGCCAGUACAAUCACCCAGAUACUUCUCUGGCUGUUUUGCCUUUUUACUGUUCAACUAAUAAGAAUAGCGGUGUUUCGCCUCUAACAUAACUAAACGUGUUUAGGAUCAUUUUGGAACAAUAGAAUGGUCUGUACAUAGCUUCAAGGAAGAACUGUACAUAGAACAUGGCUGUUAUUUUUUUAUUAUUUAAUGUUGUAAUUGUCAAGUUCUUUAAAUAUCGUUCCGUUAUGAAUGUAUGUUGGCGAAAUAAUUGAGUUUUGAAAGUUCUGAAUGUUUUGGAAUAAAAUGUUAUGUCUAUACGA